AUGUCUUGUCUGAGAAAUUAUUAUUGUCGAGCUUUCAGUUAUAUUCAAUCUCGAUCUAGCUACUACAGUCGAUCACUGAAUCGUGACACAACUCAAGAGGCAACUGAAGUUGAGAGACGAGCUCGUGCUUUAAGAGUUUUAGACAUCAUAUCUUCGAAAUCUAGUGGAGCUUCGAAUCAUCUUGGUUUCGUUCAGGAAUUUCUGCAAACAGAUUCGAGGCGAUUCAGAGGUCAAACAAUUCCCGAGGAUUUUGAUCUCUCAAGAACCAAAAAUGGGAUUUCAAGCGUUCUCGAGGAAGUUCUUGUGGAGAAUUCUUCAAGUUCUGUCAAUGGUGGUAUGCAGCAACGAGAUGGGUGGAGUUUCGAUGCUUAUGGUUUGUCGUCCGCCGUGAGUUCUUGUGGUUCGAAUCGAGACUUUAGAACGGGUUCUGGGUUUCAUUGUUUGGCGUUGAAAGGUGGGUUUGUCUCAGAUGUCUACGUAGGAAGUUCUCUGGUCGUUUUGUAUAGAGAUUCCGGUGAUUUGGACAAUGCACAUAAAGUGUUCGAAGAAAUGCCUGAGAAGAAUGUUGUUUCGUGGACGGCUAUGAUUUCAGGGUUUGCGCAGGAAUGGCGAGUAGAUAUCUGCUUGAAGCUUUAUUCAAAGAUGAGGAACUCAACCUCUGAUGCAAAUGAUUACACGUUUACGGCUCUCUUGAGCGCUUGCACGGGAAGUGGAGUUUUAGGGCAAGGAAGAAGUGUUCAUUGUCAAACACUGCAAAUGGGUUUCAAGUCUUAUCUUCAUAUCACAAACGCUCUCAUCUCGAUGUACUGCAAAUGCGGUGAUUUGAAGGAUGCUUUCCGUAUCUUUGACCAGUUUUCGAACAAAGAUGUCGUCUCUUGGAACUCUAUGAUUGCUGGUUAUGCGCAGCACGGUCUUGCAAUGCAAGCAAUCAAGCUUUUUGAAGUAAUGAUGCCCAAAAGCGGAACAAAGCCUGAUGCAAUCACAUAUCUAGGAGUUCUGUCAUCGUGCAGACACGCGGGUCUGGUAAAAGAAGGAAGAAAGUACUUCAGUUUGAUGGCGGAACACGGCUUGAAACCAGAACUCAACCACUACUCUUGUCUAAUCGAUCUUCUUGGCAGAGUUGGUCUGUUGCAAGAAGCUCUAAAGCUGAUCGAGAACAUGCCAAUGGAACCAAACCCGGUCAUAUGGGGAUCUCUGCUAUUCUCUUGCCGUGUCCACGGCGAUGUCUGGACCGGAAUUAGAGCUGCAGAGGAACGGCUAAUGCUUGAACCUGAAUGUGCAGCCACGCAUGUCCAGCUAGCGAAUCUUUACGCUAGUGUACGAUACUUUCAAGAGGCGGCGACAGUGAGGAAGCUGAUGAAAGAUAAGGGAUUGAAAACGAAUCCAGGUUGCAGUUGGAUCGAAAUCAAUAACGAUGUUUUCAUGUUUAAAGCUGAAGAUGGUAGCAACUGUAGAAUGCCAGAGAUUGUUCAUGUUCUUCAUUCUCUCAUAGAUCACAUGGAAUUCCUCUAA